CAUAUUUUACUCCUGUACUUCCUUCAAGAAGAUUAGCAUUAGUUAAAUAUCUUCCAACACAAUGACUUUGUCUAAAUCAUCAAAGUCAGUUUUCCUCCAAAACAAACCAAAAAAGAAACACAUGCAACGGUAAAAUUCAAGGAUAAUGCACUGUUUAUGGACCUGAAGUCCAAAAUCCCUUGAUUAACCCAAGGACAUGGAUCCACACAAUGCUUGCUCCAUGAGAGGAAAGAAACAAAGAAGAAAAGAAAUGGAAAAAAAUUUUAUCAUGGCCGCAAGGCAACAAAUCAACCAAAUCUUUUCAUUUCUGUGUUAUGCCCUUCCUUCUCUCUCUCUUCUAAAGAGUAAAGACAGGUCUUAAGAUUCUCUCCCUAUGCAAAUCAGUAUACCCGAAAUUAGCUACCAACCGUUGAAGCAAGCGAUGUCUCUGUCUCUGUCUCUGUCUCUAUCUCUGUCUCUCUCUCUCUCUCUCUCUCUUGCUGUGGCAUAUUCGAUAAUGUGAAAGUAGUCUUUUAAAUCUUUCAUUAAUCCGUUUUCUCUACAACCUCUUUGACCCAUUCCUCUUAUGAGUUGUCUUUUUUUUUUUUUUGGUAUUUUUCAAGAAAUCGAGAAUAUCUUUGAAAAACCCUCAGGUUCAUCGCAUAAGCGCCAAAAAUGUCUUCCCUCUCUGUUUUUUUGAAUCUUCACGGAAAGAUUUUUUUUUUUUUGAUUCAUUACAUUGAUCCUUCAAAAUAGGGGGAUGGAAUCACAAGUACCCAGAUUCACAACAGGUAACUUUCUCAGGCCAAACCCUGAAUCUUCGGUACCAAAUCUUUGAAAAGCCCUAGAUUUUGUAUUGGCGAAGCAGAAUAGAAUCAAGUCAAAAAUUUUGGAAGAUACCCAUUUGCUUGAUUUCUCAAAACAAGAAGAAUUUUCGAACACCCAGAUGCAAAAAUCCACCCUAAUUUUGAAAGCCUAGUCCAAAGUUCUUAGACUUUGAAAGCUGAAGAAGCAAAAGGCAAGACUUUUGGGUCAUAUCCAAAAGCAAGAAUGCUGCCUAAUCCUUAAUUUUAACCCCCAAAAAGGCUUUGGAUUUGCUUAGCUUUUGUUAGUAUGGAACCGCCAUUAUCACGAUUGGUGCUUUUGGGUUUCGGCCUUUUGUUUACAAUCUUUGCUGAUUUUGUUGAGUCACAAUCAUCUAAUACAAGUCCACCACCUCCGCCACCUCCAUCACUAGUUCCUCCCCCUCCCCCUUCCCCUCCUCCUCCUCCACCACCACCACCACCACCACCACCAUCUUCACCGUCGCCGCCUCCUCCUCCGCCUUCGGUUCGCUCUCCACCACCACCUCCUUUUCGUCCACCGCCGCCACCAAAGCGUCACAACAAUCAAACCAAUCACCAUACGCAGCGGCCACCACCUCCUCCUCCACCACAUUCACAUAGUCACAAACUCAAUACAGGGAAAAAGCUUGGGCUUUUGUUCAUCGGCGUUGUUAUCAUCUUACAGAUUGGUAUUGUUGGGUUCUUGGUUUUCAAGAGAAGGCAGUUGUUGAAAGUCAAAGGCCCAUACGAGACAUACUCUUCUUCUUCAUGAAAAUUUCGCCAAGUUUUUCGGUUACUUUUGCAAUUCAAUUAUUUUCAGGGAGUUCUUUUAUUGGAUUGAGAAAAUUUCCUUUUAUGAGCUGAGAAAAGGAUUAUAUAUAUAUUGCGGAUAUGGGUCCUUGGUUAGAUCCUCUGUAAAUGGGUACUUGUUGAUUGGCAUUUUUUUUUUUUCAAUCUUCUUGUUGCUGUUUUGUCUAUUGAUUCUUUCUCUGGGUUCUUUAGUUCUGUCUACACGGCUUGUAAUUCAACAUAGAAGAAAAGCAUUUUAA